UAAAGAUGCUGCGAAAACUAUAAUCGAUGAAAAAUUCCCUGAACUGGGGUUAGUAGAUAAAGAGUUUCAAGAAAUGAGUUGGGGUGAAUCCAUGGCUUUCUUAUCAGGAUUAGAUACAAUCUCUGAACUAAACAACAGGUUCUUGAAAUUUGAUGAAAGAGCUUUUAAGACUAAAGUUGAUUUUACUAAAGUAUCGGUACCCCUAAACGUGUUUAGACGUGCACUAGAGAUGUUAUCGGAACAGCCCGGUGGGUUUAUAGCUCUAAAUGGUUUCGGAGGGAAAAUGAGCGAAAUUAGCACUGAUUUUACCCCGUUUCCUCACCGGAAAGGUACUAAAUUGAUGUUCGAAUAUAUAAUCGCUUGGAACCAAGAUGAAGAAUCGAAAAUCGGCGAGUUUAGCGAAUGGUUAGCGAAGUUUUACGAUUAUUUGGAACCGUUCGUGUCGAAAGAACCAAGGGUUGGUUAUGUUAAUCAUAUUGAUCUUGAUAUUGGAGGGAUAGAUUGGAGAAAUAAAAGUAGUACUACCAAUGCUGUUGAGAUAGCUAGAAAUUGGGGUGAAAGAUAUUUUUCAUCGAAUUAUGAACGUUUGGUUAAGGCUAAGACAUUGAUUGAUCCAAAUAAUGUGUUUAACCAUCCACAGAGUAUACCUCCAAUGAUGAAAUUUGAGGAAAUUUACACGUCGAAGGAACUGUAA